UAUUAAACUGCAUCAUAAUCCAUUGCGUAGUUUUAAAGAUCUAGGCAUAUGGACAGACAGAGAAAAGCGUCUUUGUUUUAUACUAUGUAUUGAUUGUUAUUUUCCUUGCUAGAGAGCUGCUUUUAAUGACACAAACAUAUCCUAUAAUUGUGUGCAGAUGGAAGGAACUGAAAAGAAAUGGGAAGCAAAACCUAUACACGCAAAUAAAAUAAUGCAAAACCUUAUAUUUACUUAUCAUUUCAGAUGAACUGCAAGAAGUCAAAGUGAAUAUAAAAAAGGAAGAAAAGACCAAAGAAAGGAGGCCUGUUAGACGAAAAAUGGUGAAGAGGAAAGCGCCAGACGAAACUACGAAAGCCAAGAAAGAGAUGCUGAUAAAAAUGAAGAAGAUGAGGGAGAAACUUGUUAAAAUACAAAGGCGUGAUCCCGCUCCAACCGCAACUUCCCUCGCUACGUCCACCAAAUGGAUGUCAGCUAAAAUGAAGGCAUUCCACAACAUUAUAACCCUAGUGGAGAAUUCGUACGUUUGUCCGUUCGCGACAUCGUUUAGCAAUUUCUUCUGCAUAUACUGCAAGGAAAUGUUCACAGAUCCAGACAAACUCAGACAGCACACAUUGUCACACGAUCCAAAAUUAUAUCAAGACACAGUGGCUUACAAGAAAGAUUUACAAAUCGAUAUAGCCCGAAUAGAUUGUCGUCUAUGUCCAGAAGCCAUCGACAAUCUAGACAUAUUCUACAAACACGUAGUGAGCUCGCACGAUAAAAAACUAUACCCGAACAUAAAAAAUGAAUUUUUAAAAUUCCACUUGAAUUCAGGCCCCCUUUCUUGCUUGGAAUGCGAAGGCAAAUACACCAACUUUCAUGCGCUGAAACGGCACAUGGCUGAACAUUUCGGGACAUGCAUCUGUGAUAUAUGUGGUGGCCAUUUCUUCGAAGAACACAAAUUGAUUGUCCACCAGAAGAGUCAUCAGGACAAAUCGAAUAUCCUAUAUCCUUGUAAGGAAUGUGGGAAAUUAUUUAAAUCCAAACAUGGCAUGUAUUAUCAUGUGUCUAGAGCUCAUAAUGCUGAACCCACAUUCCAUUGUUACAAAUGCGAUGAAAUAUUAUUUUCUCAGACUUUAAGGUAUAGACACAUGAUAGAAGUCCACGGAGAGCUAGCCCGAAAAUUCCCAUGCGAUAAUUGCGAUAAAGUGUACGACACAAAGAAAUCGUUGAGGGAACACAAUCGCAAGAAUCAUUUGAAAGUUUUGAAACAUGAAUGUAACGUGUGCGAGAGAAAAUUCUACCUGCCAUCAGCUCUGAAGGACCAUAUGGCGUCGCAUACUGGCGAGAGAAACUUUAGGUGUGAAUAUUGUGGAAAAAGUUACCCUAGAUUGAGAGCAUUAAGAGUGCAUAUGCAAUCGCACGAAACUGAAAAGAGAUAUAAAUGUACAUUAUGUUCCGCAUCGUAUACACAGAGUAAUAAUCUUAAGAAUCACAUGAAAACAAAACAUCAGGGCAGCGAUUAUCUUGACGAUUUGCAGUGAUCCUAGUGAUGGUUUAAGAUUCCGAGGUCGCCAAUCUAGAAUUUGAGACGGACUUAAGACCGAUCUUAAGUCCUCAUUUAUUAAAAUAGCUGCAGAUCGAAUGCAACAAAAGACGUUGGUUGGUUGAGGCUUUUGCCAUAAGAAACUCCGAGCAAGGAGAUAUUAUACAGAUCUAAAAUAUUUAUUUUGCAAUAUUAUAUAAUAAGCAAAAAUUGUAAUAGUUUGAAAAUAAAAGGCUUUAUCAUUUAAAAAAGUAUGUUUGACCUCACUGUUGAAGGAAUAAAGUCAAAGAAAAUUUGUAUGACCUAAAAAAAAACAACAUUCAAGCAUAUAUCCGCGUAUAAACCCUCGCGGCUUUGUGUAAUGAAUGACAAGGCAAGAUUUUCGGUAGGUUUGGAAGGGUUCGAUAGUAAAUGUUGUAGUCUUUCUGGUGAAGGUAGUAACAGUAAGGGUUAUUAAGAAGAUGUCAAUAGCCCGCGGAUAGGGGUCCUACCAAUGUAGGUUAGCUUGAAAAUUCAGAACUUGCAUUUAUACAACGUUGUCGAUGAAACUUCGUAAGCGUGAUUUAACGUUAGUGCGGUUAAGCUCAUGUAUCUAAAUGAAAUAUUAUGUCAUUCAUAAAUUGUCUGAAUGUAUUCUUGUUUUCGAUUAAACUGUG